AUGUCUGAGACUGGCCUGGUGAAGAGUGCAAACCUUUGUGCCAGCCCCGACCGCAGGCAGCCACAGGCGGGACUGGGAGGGGAGGUGGGGGUUACAUGCUUGGGAAAUGUAGAGGGAUUUGUGGAGGUAUUUAUGUACAAGUUUGCCGUCUCCUCCUCCCAUAUACCCCAGUCCCGCCAAGCUUCGUACUGCUCCGCUCGCCUUCGUCGGAGCUGGUCGUCCGUCGUGACAAAGCCUUGCCCGGGCAGUCCCGAGCGGCGCCCGGUGCGCGGUGCCCGGUGCGCAGUGCCCGGUGCGCGGUGCCCGGUGCCGUUCCGCUCCGCCUCGCGCAAAAUGCGCCCGGUGCCGCGCUGCGAUCCCCGCUGGCUUUGCCUCCUGCUGCCGCUGCUGCUGCUGCUGCUUACGGUGUGUGGGAACGGGAUCGGGCACGGCGGGGUCCAGGGGGAUACUGGGGAGGGGGUACCAGGAUCCCCGUCGGGGCUGCCCGGUGAGCAUGCUGAGCAGCACUGUGAGGGGCAGAACUGCUCCACCAAGUGUCUGCCCUGCAACGACCAUGAAUUCACUGAGUACCCAAACGACUUCCUCAAGUGCCUGCGCUGCCGGGUGUGUCGAGAAGAUCAGGUGGAGAUAAGUCCCUGCCAAGCAACCAGGGACACUCAGUGUGCCUGCAGGAGUGGCACCUUCUGCUCCCCGGACCACCCCUGCGAGAUGUGCCAGAAGUGCCGGCCCCGGUGUCCCAAGGGUGAAGUGGAGCUGGCUCCCUGCAUGCCUCACAGCGACCGCCGCUGUGGUCCUCCCACCGACAACGUGCUCCUGGCCGUUGGACUGGUGGUGCUUGUGCUCCUGCUCCUGCUUGGCCUCUUCGUCCUCUGGAGGUGCUGCUGCCGCCGGUCCUCGGGGGAUGGCAGAGACCUGAGCAGCAAGUCCUGCAGCACGCUGGACUACCUGGUGCAGCAGCUGAGGAGGGUCCGCGGGGGGGACCUGGGGACGAGAGACAACGACCAGAACGAGCGCCGGGACAAGCUGCUGCCAGGGGCACCAGGCCCGGGCACUGCCAGCCUGCCAGGGCCACAGGUACAUCAGUGGUACCCCUUGGCCAAGCUCUGCUGCUUCUCCCUUUGCCUUCACCAAGCUCAGGGCUUGGGGGCAUUGUUUGUGCUGGGGCUCCCUGGGUGCUUCAGGUUGUUGUCUUUCCAGGUGAUGGUGCCCAGGACCAGUGCCAUCCACAGGAGGAAUCUGGUUCCAGUGCCAGGAAGUGACCCUGUUAAGGUUCUGCGACGCUCCUUUGACCUCUUUGCUGAGGUUGUGCCCCUGAAGGACUGGAGGAGGUAUGGCAGAGCCCUGGACCUGCUGGACAACGACAUCGACCUGGCAGAGCAGAACAACAAAUACUCAAGGGAGUGCUUUGUCCAGAUCCUCACCACCUGGCACAACAAGCAGGGCUUGAAUGCCUCUGUGAACACACUGCUGGACACCCUGCACCAGAUCAGUCUUGGAGGGAUUGCAGACAGCAUCUCCACCAGCCUGGUCCAGCAGGGCCUUUUCCAGCAUGAAGGGAGCUGAAGAGCAGGACAGGUGCUGGCACCUCCCCACUUGGAGCUGAAGCUGUGAAUACCUCCUGAGGGAACACUUGAGUUUUAUUUUUUUGAGGGAUUUUUAU